AUGAAGAGCUGGAGGGAAUUGGGAGAGGUUCCGGAUUCGGACGACGAGAGCUUCGAUGACGCGGAUUUCAACGACGACAAUGACGGAGAUGAAGGCGACAACCUCGACCAAUUCAACCAGUUACCACGAAACGAUGUCGACGAUACGCGAGUGGAUGAGAAGAGCCAGGAGUCGGCCAGUGAUGGGGAUGGGGACGUAUGGAGUGUUCCGAGUUCUUUACCGGAGCAAGCUUCGCCCCUCCUCGCUACGAUUUCGGACCUAGAGGAUGAGAUAUUAUUGACAGGCUAUGCUUCAGGCCGCAAGCCCGGGUUCAGGCGCGUCCUCUCCCGCGAGCUUUCUCUCAAGGACACCCACACCACCGCGAUUUCCUUCAUUGCCCGAUGUUCGCCUUACUCCCCCGGUGGCCCACCCUACGCAGUCUCCGACCCGCGAACCGCCCGUGGAGAAAACGAACACGCAGGAAUUGCCAAAGCAGGCCGAGCCCCGGCGAGAGCGCUCAUUCCGUCCCCGGAAACCGAUCCAGCAGCACCCCUAUCUUCUCGAGAACGCCCAAUACGCUACUUUUAUGAAGUCACACGGCCGAGGAAAGCCAGGAGGCAAGCGGGGGGGAGUCUCGGCGACUUAGAAGAAAGUGGACCGAUUUUAUUUGAUGACGACGAGGAUGAAUUGACUCUCACCCCUUCAGCCCCGAAAACAUCUCCUCGAGGCCAGGAUAUACGAACUAGCAGCCAACAGAACAAUGGCGACCAGACUGAUGCCACGACCCUAUCCGACGAGGAGUUCCCCCCGUUAGAUCGUCUUCGGCCGGUUUCUCCAAAGAGGCGGCAGCAAGUGUUGAAGCGGCAUCGCUCCCAGAUGUUGUCCUCCGUUAAACGGAAAAAGGCCAGAUUCACACCUGAUUCGUCGUCUCGGGCAUCGCCACCACGCCCCACGUUUAUCCAGCCGCCCCCUCUAAACGUAUGGGACUUAUCCUCUUCACCGCCUACACCGUCUCUGCCAGAAGAACCGUUGCGGAAAGUCGGAACCACCCCGAAACCACCCGUUGAAUCUCGGCCGAGCACACCGGAUACACCUGCUUGGGACCCGGGGCUGAAUUCUGCUGUACUCGAAGGCAGAGCCACAAACUCUCCGAUCCUGAUCGACGAGGAUUCCCUGAGCGACCUCAGUGAUGGGGAUCAGGCGGAUUCUACAGACAGCUCUGGUUCUGGUAGUGACUCGGAGGUGGUUCGCCAAAACAGUCGCAGGAUCCGCGGAGUAUUGCCAGCCUCAUGGCUCCGUAUAGAUCAGCAAGACUCCGAGAACGAGUCACCUCGGCGACCAACCGCCACAAACGAUCCCAUUCCAACGGCACCGACGACCAUCGUGAUCAACGAAGACGAUGGGGCUUCCGUGAUUGAAGAGGAUACAAUUGACUGGAUGCUUCCCGGGAGGAAGAGAUCCGGACCACAAAAGACGUCUGGUAGGGCAAAGAAGCAGAAGCAGAGCAGAACGCAGUCUGUUUUCCAGGGCCGCUCCAAUUCAACUUCCCGACAACCUAGGAUAACCCAGGUUCUACAACGAUCAAAACAGGGUGCCACACCAACGUCCGCGAAGAGGAACUUAACAAAGCAACAACGGCAUCGAGAAAGGGGUGGCUCUCGGUUAGAUCGCAAGGCUGAUAGGAAGAGAGCCACCCCCCCACUUCUGAGCAUUCUGGAUGUUGCGGAACCUGAAGCUCCAAAGUUUGUCAAAAUCGCCGCGCGUGCUGCGAAGAGGAGGUUGAAUUUGGGCAAGGCUAGUCCCUCCAGGAAGCUCAUUAGUCUGGCAACACGUAGCGACAACGUUGACGCCCUUUCAGUCCUACGGGAUUGGAAAUCAGGCAAGACGAAACCCAAGAUUCCUACGCCACAACGAAGGCACCCAGAGAAGCCAAGGAGCAGGCCAGAGUUGCGUGAGAUAUCGACAAAUACCACUCCACGACCCCGGGGUGGCCAACCCCGGAAGCUGGUUCGACAAAGCAACCUAGACUCAUUCGUCGCCGCUGAAGAAAGUUCACAAGAUGCUCAGGCUCCUCGACCGGCCUCGACUUCGACUAUCCAACCGCGGAAACGAAUACCAGACCGCCCUUCGAGCCUGCACCCAGCACAACUCGAGGAGGAGGAAACUGGGGAUAAACGACGGCAACUCAAUGCACGGAAGCGGACUCUAGAUGCCUUCUAUAGGAGGCACCAGAGGAUUCUGGAUGCCUCGGUAGAUGAUGGGCCAGAUCGCGUUCUCGACGUGGACUUUACACUCAGGGAGCCCGUGGCCGAAGAACAGGGCAACGGGGCUGAAGUUGGUAUGGGUACUGAGACAUCUUCCGCCCCAACAAGCAGGGGCCCAAGAGUUGACAGGUCAAGGUUCCGCAAGAGGCGUCGCCCCCAAUGCGUGGACUUGGAGGCUCCGCAAUACGCUCGCGCAAACGAUCCCUUGCCGGCGGACUUCUCGGCUAUUGAAGUUCGGGAACGUCAAACACAGGACAAGGCCUUGGCCGAGGACAAGCUCAGAGGCCUUGGUCCAUACGGAACGCACUACACGCACCACUUUGAAGUUUUCCCGCUCGAUAGAGACGUUUACUUCCAUGAAAGUACCGUCAUUGGACGCGGGUUAGUGCGUGACGCGGUAGAUAUUUCUCUGCCUGACCGGACCCGCCAUCAAAGGCCAGCCGUGUCCUUUCCCUGGGAUGGGAGAGUCCUAAGGUGGAGCACUUGGGACGAUACUACAUCCUCAGAACUCGGUAUACUCAUUGACUGGGUUGCCGAGCAACUGGCCCAGGACGCGGCGGCAAGCGAGGGUUUAACCCCAAAGGCACCGGAAGCGGCCGACUUUGUGCUUGGCUACGUGCUGCAUUCCCUGAGUGUUCCCAAUGAUUUUGCGGGGAAAUCAUUUGUGUCCAGGUGGCUUGAGAUUCUCUCCAGCUUCACCGACCGUCUCGAAUCAACUGAUACGAGCUCGGUCUCGGAGGCCGCCAAGAGAGCGCAGCUUGAGGUUAAUACCCGCCUUUCUCUCGCCACGCUGGCGUCCGUCAUGCUCGCCCGUGAGGUCGCCUUGGGCUCGGAUGCACAGGUGUUUGAGCGGAUUUGGCAAGACAUGUUCACGUUGCUGCCGCUCUCUGAGAUCGACAACUCCGGACUUCUCGUUUCGGGGGCAAGGCACGUUACACCGGUAGAAGGAUGGGCUCUGCCGCAGCAGUUGCUGAAGCGAGUCUUUCAGCUGUACCAAGCAAAUCCUCGUCAACCGCCCGGUUUCAACGACUACUGUCGAGCCCUUGUGGCACGCUGCCAUUUUCUCCUCCAGCAGUGGGGAUGGCGCAAAUGCACCGGCGUCAUCGGGACCAUCUUUGACUUCUUUGGUUCGCAAAACCUUGCGCACCUCAGGAACGAGGAGGUGUACAAAUCCCCGCAGUUUCUCGAGGAACUUGACCGCAAGCCGUCUCUUGCCAUCGAGCCAGAAGACCGGUGCUUCCACAUCUUCAUCAAACUCUUGGCUUUGGCAAUCCAGCGUCUAAAGGAACUCGGCCGCCCCAACGACAUCAAGAAUCUCGUCACCAGGACGCUCCCCAACCACAGCCGGCAAUAUCGAAAGGAGGACACAAUCCGCCAGCAUGACCUGGCAGCCCUAAGAAAUCACCACGAUCUUCUGUGCACUUUGUUCUGGGUCUCACCGCCUGAGCUGCGGCGAGAAGUCCACGACAUAGAGGCGCUGGUUGUCCCUGGUACCGCUCACAAGGAAGCAUGUCUGAUUAACGUUAGAGCCUGGAAUCAGCUUGCACGCUUUGUGAUUGCCAAGGAUGAAGGCGGCGGCGUCUUCAGGCCACUCGCUGUCUGGCGCAACAAUGUCUUCAACCAGGUCCUGGAUCAGUACCUCUCCGCCGCCUCGGACAUUGAGCAGCAGUUCCGGGCUCUGUCCACUGAGAUGCCCAGCAUCAGCAAGGACAUGCGGGACGAGAUGGUAGCCAAGAACAAGGCGACGGCCUUGGAUGUGCUUCACUUUUCUGUGAAGGCGUCUUUGGAUGUCUUGCAGCGGGCUCCGACUCUUGAGGCGGUUUCGUAUGGGCUCAGCACAGGGUUUGACUGGGGUAUCCUCCGCGUAGCGCUCGACACGCUCGAGCAUCUGAUGGGCCGGAUAGACCAAGCGUCGGAAGAGCAGUACUCGAGCGAGUUCGACGACAAUAUUGAUGCCCCCUUCCUAGAGGACGCCGUGCUGCUGGUGAAUGAGCACCUGACCAAAGACUUUUUCUGGAUGACCCGAACUAUUCUUGCCCUUCCACUGGAAAAGUCUCCACGGCGGCACACGCAACAAACCGCUUGCGCGGAGAAAGCGGUCACCUUGGCGGCAAGGAUUGCGGCUAGGUUUGUCAAGAACAGAGUUACGGUUCGCAGUUCCUCGUCCUUUCCACUUGCCUUUAAGCACGUUGCUGACCUUGACAGCAAUUGCUACCUUACUUUUCUCCCGGAAAAGUACAGUUUGUUUCCCGACGUACCGAAGAACUUGACGACACCGGAAAGGAGAUUUCUCCCACUCUUUCUUACAGUCCUUGUCAAGAACCACGUUUUCGAUUUCCGAGACAUUGGAAUCAACGUUUUGGGCCUGUGGAUGCUCGCGGUUGUGAAGCCGCUGAGGUAUCUAGGGUACGAGAACUAUCUAGCAGAAGUUCUCAAGCACCACGAUCUGGCGUUCUUGGAACGAGCCACAGUUACUGUGGGAAUCCCUCCGGAUUACAACUCAAACAUCGACUUCUUCUCUUGCGCCAUCCAGCAUAUGCGGAAGAAACUGAGAGAACACGAUUCGGUACAAGCCAAGCAGCAUCGUGACGAAUUCAAAAAGACGCUCCAGGUGGUCAUGCAGAAGAUCAAGGAUGACUUGGCGCUACUCCGGUCUUAUCCCAGCGAACAUGGCCUAUACAUUGACUUUGUGAGACAGGUCAUCUCUCUGAUCAAGUCUCACGGAGUCAACAUCUGCACAGUCGACUCCUUCUUCAUGCAGCCGAGCGCUGAUUACUCGCCAUCGAUUCAAGACCCGCAGCUUCAUACCGCCGGCAUCGUCGCGUACGGAGUCAAGCUGAGCGAAGGGGACGCCACCGCGACCCAGCAGCUCUUCCACUAUUUGCUCAACAACUUUAAAGUUUCGCUAGGCAACGACAAGCUUCAGCAAGAGUGCAAAAUCUUGAGCAGGGCAAUGAGAAAUGCCUAUGUCACAUCGUUCAUGCUACAGCACAUGAUACCGGCCAUCAUCCAGGCGUCUGCCCAAGUUCCGGAUUGCUGGGCGUUGCUGGAGGUGUACGCGGUCGCGCUUGGGGAAAUCCUCGAUUCAGGCUGCGUUCCGAAGGAACUACCAAACCACGACGUGGAGCAUGCGGCGGGAAUCUUGACGAGCAUUCUGGCUUGGGUCGACACCCUCAAGAACACCGCGGCGUUUUCGCUCCCGCAACUGCACAUCAUGUCGCUUCUCGCCACCAUAGCCAACAUCCUACAACCAAGCCUCACAGCCUACCUGUUCAACGAAUCCGACUCAGACUCGUCAAUACCUCAUCUACAAGACACCGUGGAUAAGAUCGCAACGCUGUUUACGAAGUUGCGGUCUCACAUCGGGGACACCCUCUCCCUCCCAGACGGAGGAGGACACCGCCCCGACCCGCCUCACUCUAUCAAGCGUCUUGACCGCCCUGCCGCCAAGGCCCAAUACCCGCACCCGGCAGCGGAGGCCACCCGCGCCCGCAGACGUUUGCCAACUUCAUUGCAACGGACGUGCGGCAGAACUGGGUGGUGA